GACAAAACAAAACAUCACAAAAGAAGUUUGUGUUAACUUUAAAUAUCUUCAACAAGUAAAAGUGAAAAAUCAAUAGCGAAAUCAUAGAUACAGGACGAGACAGCAAUGGCGACGAGGAGUCAAAAUAAAAACAGCUGUUCGGGGAACACGUGCUAAUCUCCUAUUAUGUUUGCUGAAGUGCAAAUUUCCAAAACAAGAGAUGAGAAAGUACCGCGCCUUGUAGAACCACUCGUUACAAACAUAAUUUCUUCUGGUUUAUCUUCUGUUCAUCAUGUUUGUUGUGUGGAUUCGGAGACCGCAUGGUACAGCGGCAACGCACCACGGCUUAAGUUACUGGAUAAAAAAAGCAAGGAACUAAAAGUUGUCAAAACUCCAGAUCAACAUGGUGUAAGUGGGAUGUCCAUGUCGAUAUCGAGAGAACUGAUUUUCUGUUCCUCUACCAAUAAAUCUGUGUAUAAAGUUAAGGGAGAGACAAUAGAGCAAAUUUGCAGUACAGGAGAUUUCAAACCAUAUGGAAUACACUGUUGUAGAAAUGGAGACAUUUUAGUUUCUGUUUGCAAUAAUCAGCGAGCAAAAAUUGACAGGUUUGGAAGCGAUGGAUCCAAAAUGGAAGAAAUAGAAAUAACACAAAAUGGCCGACGUCUCUUUAAAUAUCCAUCUUUUCUAACACAAAACUCUAAUGGUGACAUUUGUGUUUCAGACUUAAACAGGAUUGUAGUUACGACAAAUUCGGGUAGCUUUCGAUAUAACUAUCAUGGUGGCAAAUCAAAAAGUUUCAGACCCCGUGGUAUAUGCUGUAAUAUUAAGCUGUCUCACAUCAUUGUGGCAGACGACAUUAACAACAUAAUUCAUGUGGUGAACGAGAAUGGAACAAGGCUAGGUGUUUUGGAUACUUCUGGUCAAGGAAUUCUUGGACAAUUGCGUUUACCAUCGAGCUUGUCUUUAGAUGACAAUGACAAUAUUUGGGUUGGAGAAAUGUUUAGUGGACUUACCAAAGUCUUGAAGUAUUUAGAACUUCAUUAUGUGUAACUUCUAUUUUUUGAAUCACAUGAACAGGCUUUGAGCGAACUCAUAAAAUUACAGUUCAUCA